CAAAAUCCCCCUUUCGCUGAUUCAUUUUCCCAACACGAGGUAAAAUACAAAGAUGCUAUGGAGAAGGUUCAGAGAUGGAGGGGUGCAUUUGUGGAGGCAGGGAAAAUAUCAGGCUAUCAUUUACUUAAUUUCAAGGAUGAGGCAGAGUGCAUCAAGAAACUAGUUGAUGACAUAUUUCCAAAGUCACUUCAAAUUAUUUCACCUUUCCCGGAAAGCUUAGUGGGUAUGAAAUCUCAGGUUGAGAAAGUAACCUCAUUAUUAGAUAUGGAAUCAAAUGAUGUUCGCUCUAUUGGUAUUUGGGGUAUGGGCGGCAUCGGUAAAACAGAAAUUGCAAAUGUUCUACAUCAAAGAUACCGCCAUAAAUUUGAAGCUGUUUGUUUUCUUGGUGAUGUUGGAAAACUUCAUCAGAAAAAUGGACUAACAUGGCUACAACAAGUCGUCAUUUGCAAGCUCUUGGGUGAAAAAUUGACUCUAACUAGUGAGCAUCAAGGGAUGAAUAUUUUAAAGAAUAUGCUUCGCUAGGAAGAAAGUUCUGUU